AUGUCCAACUCCCCUUCUCUGCCCAUGCAACAACAGCCAGACUCCAUGCGUAUUGGCCGAAGCUACAAAGAUGCAAUCAAUGCCUUGAACAGUCUUCAAUCCAAUUUUGCUACCAUCCAGGCAGUCAAGCUUCUGGAUAUCCUGCCGCAGCAGAGAAGCAUUCUUUCCCUAAAUGAGGUAUUUGAGUAUACCCGUAGAUUGGGCUACAAACCACUGGACUUCAACAAAUUGAACAUCAUUCAUGUGACCGGAACCAAAGGAAAGGGAUCCACCUGUGCAUUCACUGAAUCCAUUUUAUCCAAGUAUAGAGGUGCCGGGAUCAACAAGAUCGGCUUGUUCACAUCUCCGCACUUGAUCUCGGUACGUGAGCGGAUCAAAAUCAACGGCGAGCCCAUCACGGAAACGAAAUUCGCCAAGUAUUUUUUUGAAGUCUGGGACAAACUAUCGAGCACCACUAGCGAUCCAGACGCCUUUCCUACCUUGCAGCCAUGUGACACUGUGAAGCCGAUGUACUUCAAAUACUUGACUAUUCUCUCUUUCCAUGUAUUUCUCUCCGAGAAUGUGGAUACGGCAAUUUACGAAGUGGGUGUUGGAGGCAAAUACGAUUCGACCAACAUUAUAGAGAAACCCACUGUCGCGGCCAUGACAUCCUUGGGUAUCGACCAUACCCUUAUGCUUGGAAACACCAUUGACUCAAUUGCUUGGAACAAAGCUGGAAUUUUCAAGCGCGGAUGUCCUGCUAUUGUUGGUGAACAACCAGAAUAUCCAGAGUCAUUGAAAGUGGUCGAGGAUGUUGCAAAUGAAAUCGGCGUCUCAUCACUUGAGGUCGUGAAUGCUGAUAUUAUCCCACCUUCAACCAAAUUGGGAUUAGCUGGUGACUUUCAACGUAAGAAUGCUGCCGUUGCUGUUAAAAUUGCUCAAGUACAUAUGAAAAAGUUGGGAGUUCAUAUCGAAAGUGAUGACGAGCUUCCACAAGAGUUCAUUCAAGGUCUUGAGGCAGCACGCUGGGACGGUCGUUGCCAGACCAUUAAUAACUAUUCCGGCUAUGACCGUAUUAGCUGGUUUAUUGAUGGUGCGCACACCCUUGAAUCAAUCAAUGGUGCUUCGCAAUGGUUUAAGAAUGCUGCAACUAAACGAGACAUUCCACGUGUAUUGUUGUUCAACCAGCAGAGUCGUGACAAUGCUGGAGAACUUUUGGAGAAAUUAUACGAAAACAUUUACGCUUCCCCAAGCCUCAAAUUCGAUCAUGUCGUUUUCACAACUAAUGUGACAUGGUCUGACGGAAGUUACAAUAGCGACCUUGUUUCGCUCAAUGUUUCAAAGGAUGGAGUCGAUAAAUUGAUAAUCCAGAAGGAACUUGCCGAGAAGUGGGAUGCUUUGGAUAAGGUGCGUGGACUCACUACCCGCAAACACAUUUUCCCUAAUAUAGAGACCUCUCUCAAAUUCAUCAAGAGUUUGACCAAUGACAAGCAAGAGGUCGAGGUAUUUGUGUGCGGUUCGUUGCAUCUUGUUGGUGGAUUCUUAGCUGUUCUCAAGGAGAUCAAAGACUAA